AGCUAGACUUUUGCACAACAUAUUAAUAUUAAUCUUUGAAUAUUGCAUGAUUAUUCCUUCUUGCCUUUGUCUUUGCAAACUGCAGAAUAACCUUGGUUUGUCCUCUUUUGUUUGCAUUUUGAUGCAACUCUUGUUGGCAAUGCCCACAAAGCACACAUGAGACGAGAGCCUUCAGAUGGACAAAUCAAGCAGCAUUUAUGAUUAUCCUGCAAUAAAAGCAGAUUUCUCUGGAGGUUCUCAGGAUGUGUCCGUGCUGUGGCUCGUAUCUGACGUGUGCAGACGUGUGGAGAGAGAUCGGGACAGAAGAGGAGGAUCAGAGCACAGUCAGGAUGGACAUCGAGCUCUUAGAAGAGCAAUACAGCUCCAUCAGAGAGAAACAGAGACGACAGACUCAGGUCAUCUGCUUCAAGAACGCACAAAACAAUGAAGAGAUAAGUGGCAUGAAUCUAGUGGACGUGGUUCCUUUAACCAAAGCAGCAGAAACUCUGUCUGAGUCUGACAGCGGUGUGUGGCGCUCACAUCUGGAGCUGCACCGCAUUAAACACACGCCUGAAGAAACCGAGCACAGAAAUAAUCACAGGGCAGCGUCUACAGAAGCCUCCAGCUCCAGCUCCGAGUCAGGCUCGAACCCUGGGGAACACCAUCAGAAGAUCUCCAGGAAGUUCUCAGCUCCAGCGGUUCUGAGUUAUCGCUCCGCACCCGCAGGCUCCAGAUAUUACCCCUUCCCUCAGAGGAAAAGCCUGAGCAGAUCAGAGACGGCCAGGAGACUGGGACUCUACGCCUCGCUCUAAUGAGGAAAUAUGAGCCAACAACCAGGAAACACAAUCCUAAACAAACCUUCCUCCAGAAUACUUCU